AUGGCUACCAUCAACAUAGGAAACGCUAGCCCGACAGAAGAUAUCAGACAGUACGACAUAAAGCACGCGGCUAUCCACAUCCAACCGGUGACUCUCGAUACGCCAACAUUGACACCUGCCGCAACACCAGAGGACGCUUCACCGGCAGAAGAAACAAUGGCGGGCAAGAAGAUAUACUCGAUGGAGCGACCGGACGACAGGGCAAGACAACUUGCGGCGAAGCUGACUUUAGAAGAACAGAUCUCACUACUUGCAGGAGCGGACUUCUGGCGGACAGUAGCCAUACCCGAGAAGGGCAUACCGUCAAUCAAGACAUCUGACGGGCCCAAUGGCGCUCGAGGAGAGUUCUUCACUAACGGCACACCUGCUGCUCUGUUUCCUUGCGGCAUAUCCAUGGCUUCCACGUGGAACGUGGAUAUGAUCGAGGAGAUCGGCCGUCAUCUGGGAGAAGAAUCGAAGGCACGUGGCGCCCACGUAUUGCUUGCACCCACGGUGUGCAUGCACCGAUCCCCUCUGGGUGGCCGCAACUUCGAGUCGUAUUCUGAAGAUCCUUUCCUUACCGGAAAGCUUGCUGCAUCGUAUGUUCGCGGUCUCCAGAGCAAGGGUGUCGCUGCUACGAUUAAACAUUUCCUUGGCAACGAGCAAGAAACUGAGCGACAGGCGUACGAUGCCAUCAUUGCUGAGAGGCCUUUGCGUGAAAUCUACCUGAAACCCUUCGAGAUAGCUGUUCGAGACGCAUCACCAUGGGCGCUUAUGAGUGCUUACAACAUGAUCAAUGGUGUUCACGCUGACGAGUAUGAACAUUCGAUCAAGGAAGUCCUUCGAGGAGAGUGGAAGUGGAAUGGUGCGAUUAUUUCUGAUUGGACAGGCACAUAUGCGACUGCACCUUCGAUAAGAGCUGGUGUUGACAUUGAGAUGCCGGGACCAUCAAAGUGGCGCAAAGUCGAGCAAGUUAAGGAGUGUUUAGAGAAUGGCGAGCUAACUCGUGGUGAUAUUGAAGAAUCGGCCGCCAGAGUUUUAUAUCUCGUGGAUCGUGUCAAGGGGCUAAACAAUAUGACACCCGAAGAGCCAGAGCAGUCUAUCGACAACGUUGAGACACGGAACCUUAUUCUUCAAGCUGGUAUUGAAGGACUGACGCUUCUGAAGAACGAGAACAAUGUGCUUCCCAUCAAGAAUGCGAAGAAGAUUGCGAUGAUUGGGCCGAAUGUCAAGCGAGCUAUCGCCAGUGGAGGGGGAAGUGCAGGCCUCAAUCCCUACUACAACGUUACUCCUUGGCAAGGCCUUCAAAAUCGAUUCGACGGCGACAUUACGUUUGCCCAAGGCUGCGACAGUUCCAAAUGGCUACCGCUCGCCUCCCCGUACUGCCAAUCCAAUGGUGAAACCGGUGUGCAACUAGAGUACUACAAGGGCGACAGAUUCAGCGGUGAGCCAGCGGUCAUUCAGCACAAAGUCAGCACAGAUCUGUGGCUGUGGGACUCUGCGCCAAUGGAACUUCUUCCAGACUUCUCCUUCAAAGUCAAGACUACACUCACUCCCAAGUCGACCGGUAACCACAGUUUUAGCUUUGCUUCAGUUGGACCAGGGCGCAUGUUCAUCAAUGGCGACAUUUUCAUUGACAACUGGGAUUGGACUCAAGAAGGUGAGGCUAUGUUCUCUGCUUCAGAGGAUGUACUUAAGUCAAUCCACCUGGAGGCAGGCAAGUCAGUGGAAAUUCUGAUUGAGAGCACCAACGAAGUACGGCCUGCAUCGAAAGUCUCGGUCAUCGGUCGUCGCCACGACUAUGGCGGCUGCCGGAUUGGCUACCAAGAGGAGGACAAGAUAGAUCGUUUGCAAGAAGCUGCCGACGCAGCGCGCGACGCAGAUGUCGCUGUAGUUGUUGUGGGGCUCGACGCCGAGUGGGAAUCAGAGGGUUACGACAGACAAACGAUGGACCUUCCGAAGAACGGUUCGCAAGAUCGCCUGAUAGAAGCUGUUCUAGCUGCCAACCCACGCACCGUCGUCGUCAAUCAAUCCGGAACACCUAUUACCAUGCCAUGGGUACAGAAGGCACCAGCCAUUCUCCAGGCAUGGUACCAAGGACAGGAAGCCGGAAAUGCUCUUGCGGAUGUACUACUGGGCAACAGUAGCCCUAGUGGGAAACUGCCAACGACUUUCCCUGUUCGGAUCGAAGACAAUCCUGCGUACCACAACUGGCCUGGCGAGAAUUUAAAGACCGUCUAUGGCGAGGGGAUUUACGUGGGCUACAGGCAUUACGAGCGUUCCAAGAUCGCACCACUCUUUGCCUUUGGACACGGUCUUACAUACACCACUUUCGAAUACAAAACACCAAGAGCUAGCGAUACUGUGCUUCAAGAGGACGGAGAGAUCAUUAUCACAGUACCAGUCACAAACAGCGGCUCAGUAGCGGCGCAUGAGAUUGUUCAAGCAUACGUAAAAGACGUCAAGUCGACACUCCCACGUCCCGAGAAAGAACUCCAGGCUUUCGGCAAGGUAUUCUUGCAGCCUGGCGAAACGAAAGACGUAAUCUUGACGCUCAACAAGUACUCCGUCGGAUACUUCGACACAAGUCUCGGGCAGACAGGUGCUUGGAUUGCAGAGGAAGGAGAGUUUGAAGUGUUGAUUGGUGCCAGCAGUGCUGAUAUCAGAUCGAAACUAAACUUCGAGGUUAAGGAGAGCUUUCAGUGGAUCUUUUGA